UCUGGCAAAUAUAGUAAAAGGGAUAUUCUGGUAGGACGUAUGCCUACCAUUAGUUCUGAAUACUGGUGAGGUUUUGAGGGCGAAAUGGCCGUGAUGAUUGGAAUCGCUUUCAGCGUUUCUUGGCUUUGUUGCCUGCUAAUUGGAGGGAUAACGUGUUCUACAUCAGAAGGUGAUCGGUCUCCUGCACUGGAUUCUAAUGCAGCAUGGCUCUAUGCAGGAUCACUUCGGUCUCUAGGAUAUGGCAAUUAUAAGUCUCCAAAAUCUCAAAUGCAAGCGCAACAGAAACAUCCGGCCGCCAUCCUGCGGAAGGAACUGGCCCCCAUGUCCCAGCAACCUCAGCAAGUGUGGUAUCCAGUUCAAAUGCCCCUGCAUCAGAAGCAACUGGCCGCAGAAGCUCAGCAGCAGAGGCAACCGACCGCCGUGCCCCAGCAAGUGUGGCAUCAAGCUCACAUGCUGACGCAUAAGCAACCGACCGCGGUGCCCCAGCAAGUGUGGCAUCAAGCUCACAUGCUGAUGCAUAAGCAACCGACCGCCGUGCCCCAGCAAGUGUGGCAUAGAGCUCAAAUGCCCCUGCUGCAGAAGAAACUGACCGCCAUGACCCAGCAAGUGUGGCAUCCUCCUCACAUGGCCCUGCAGCAGAAGCAACCGACCGCCGUGCCCCAGCAAGUGUGGCAUCCUGCUCAAAUUCCCCUGCAGCAGAAGCAACCGACCACCGUGCCCCAGCAAGUGUGGCAUCCUGAUCAAAUGCCCCUGCAGCAGAAGCAACUGACCGCCGUGUCCCAGCAAGUGUGGCAUCCUGCUCAAAUGCCCCUGCAAACAACCGCUGUGCCCCAGCAAGUGUGGCAUCCUAAUCAAAUGCUGCAGAAGCAACCGACCGCUGUGCCCCAGCAAGUGUGGCAUCCUGCUCAAAUGCCCCUGCAACCAACCGCAGUGCCCCAGCAAGUGUGGCAUCCUUCUCAAAUGCCCCUGCAGCAGAAGCAACCGACCGCCGUGCCCCAGCAAGUAUGGCAUCCUUCUCAAAUGCCCCUGCAGCAGAAGCAACCGACUGCCGUGCCCCAGCAAGUGUGGCAUCCUCAAAUGCCCCUGCAGCAGAAGCAACUGACGACCGUGCCCCAGCAAGUGUGGCAUCCUGCUCAAAUGCAGCAGAAGCAACCGACCGCCGUGCCCCAGCAAGUGUGGCAUCCUGCUCAAAUUCCCCUGCAGCAGAAGCAACCGACCGCCGUGCCCCAGCAAGUGUGGCAUCCUGAUCAAAUGCCCCUGCAGCAGAAGCAACUGACCGCCGUGCCCCAGCAAGUGUGGCAUCCUGCUCAAAUGCCCCUGCAGCAGAAGCAACUGACGACCGUGCCCCAGCAAGUGUGGCAUCCUGCUCAAAUGCAGCAGAAGCAACCGACCACCGUGCCCCAGCAAGUGUGGCAUCCAGCUCAAAUGCAGCAGAAGCAACCGACUGCCGUGCCCCAGCAAGUGUGGCAUCCUCCUCAAAUGGCCCUGAGGCAGAAGCAAAUGACCGCUGUGCCCCAGCAAGUGUGGCAUUCUCCUCAAAUGGCCUUGAGGCAGAAGCAAAUGACCGCUGUGCCCCUGCAAGCAUGGCAUCCUGCUCAGUUUCCCCAGCAGAAGCAACUGGUCCCUAUGCCUCUACUGCAGAAGGAACCAACCACCAUAGCCCAGCAACCUCAGCAGGUGUGGCAUCCAGCUCAAAUGUCCAAGAAUCGAACAGCCACUGAACCUCAGCAGAAGCAACCAUCCACCACGCCCCAGCAAGCGUGGCAUCCAGCUCAAAUUCCCCUGCAGCAGAAGCAACCGGCCACUGAACCUCAACAGAAGGAGCUGACCGCCAUGCCACAGAAGCUACAGGCCUCCAUUCUCCAGCAACCUCCGCUCGUGUGGCAUCCAUCUCAAUUUCCCCAGCAGAAGGAACUGGCAGUCGAGCCCCAGCAGCAGAAGGAACUGGCAGUCGAGCCCCAGCAGCAGAAGGAACUGGCAGUCGAGCCUCAGCAAGUGAGGUAUCCAGCUCAAAUGGCCCAGCAGCUACCCAACCCCAUUCCUCAGCAAUUAUGGCAUGUAGGCCAAAUUUCCCAGCAGCAACUGGCCCCAUUGUCUCAGCAGAAGCACUACGAAAGAACUGAAGAUGAUGCCUCUGGUAGUUCUCAGGCCAGCAUUGAACAGUCAGGUGUCAUCCCAAUCUCUUCCUACAGUUCCAAAUCGCACUACAAGAAUGGCAGAACUGUCUUUUCCCGAAUCAGCUACACUCCUAGGGAGGCAAUGCCUGUUGACAGUGGAAAUGCUCCCAAGGACGGUUAUGUUGGCAUUGGUGCACCAAGCAUAUAUCCAACACUAGUGAAGGAUUCUGCAAGGAAAAUGUAAUGGAUUCAUCCUCUAGAAGCUCUAAUGGACGUUGCUGGUGCUCUUGCUACUCUAGUGUGAUGGAAUGAAUAAACAACUUACUUUAAAAAAUG